CAAUGAAAAGUUCAGUUUUUUGAGAGUGGGUCUGAAAAAUUAGGAAUUGGAGUGUGACUCCAAUCUUUGUGCUUGAAAGUACACUUCAAUGGGAUGAUGCCCAAUUUAUCAAGUGAGAAAUAUUGUCGGAAAAUUAUUUUCUUGGACAAAGAUGGAUUAUUAUUACUUGGCAUUAAUUGCUCUGAGUUGGGUCGGAUUAGAGAUUGAUUUUCUUGGCUACGUUGCUUCUACUUUGACCCCAAUCUUUGUGCUUGAAAGUUAACUUCAACGGGAUGAUGCCCAAUUUAUCAAGUGUGAAAUUUUGUUGGAAAAUUACGUUUUGUAUAAAGAUGGAUUAUUAUUACUUGGGAUUAAUUGCUCUGAGUUGGGUCGGAUAAAAGAUUGAUUUUCUUGGCCACAUUGCUUCUACUUUGUUUUCUGGGUUUUCCUUUCUAAAGUUUAUUGUUGUGCUGUUACACAGCGCUUUCAUUAUUUUUAUUAUCUGUUUGAGUCGAUUAGUGAAUAAUGUUUGAGAGUGAUGAAAAGCAAAAACAUAGGAGGGAAUAAUUACUUUUUACAUCCUAUCAAAUUUCUUGUAGUACUCCAUUAUUCUGAAUUUUAUUUUCCCAAACACAUUAAAACAAAUCAGGAUAUUUUUUUUUUGUAAGACAAUCACCCCUCUCUUCCAUUCUAUCUAUCCAUUUCUGUCCAUCCCACAACCGCCAAUUCCCUCCAUUUCAAAGCAAACCCCUUUCUUAUCUCUCUUCUCAGUUUACAUCUGUUUUGCAAAUACUUUUACGGACCACGCAUAUGAGUGAUGUUGCUGGAGCUUCUUAAUCCUUAUUGCUAAAUAACUAUGACAACUGGAUGAUGCAUUAUCUGACUGUCUGGAUUUGAAGUUUACAUUAGUGAAUAAUGUUUGGGAGUGAAAAUUAAGGAUCGUUAGCGGUUGAGACAAUGGAUAAAGAGAAAGUCUCACAAACCCCAAAAAGAAUGACAAGGUCUUCGGCUUCAUCUCCGACUUCCACUUCAAAUAAUGCAAUUGCAGCAAAAGUAAAUAGCCUUGAACCUCUGACAAUCAACGACCUUUUAGUUGGAGGAGAUCCAAUCAGUCUAGAUGACAUAAUUUCCAACUUUCCUGGUAGAAGAAAUCAGAUUCUUGAGAUUGUGCGUCUUUUGGGACCUUUGAAUUCACCAAUGCUUCCUUUGUUUGUAUAUGGAGGCCCUUGUACCGGAAAAACCAGUAUCAUUCUUCGAUUGUUCAGGCAUCUCAAAAGGCCUCUUGUUUAUUCUAGUUGUAGGACAUGUUAUAACCAGGGUAUCUUGUUUGAAUCUAUUCUAAAUCAGUUAUUUCUCCAUAGAAAAAAUUCUGCCAAUGGUUAUGCAAAUGCAAAACGCUGUGACAGACCGUCUGAUUUUGUCAACUUUCUUCGGGAAGCAUUGACCAAUGUUAUAAACAAUCUCAAAGAGAAGUCAGAGAAGUUGGUCUCAAAUAAGAUGACACAAGAGAAAACUGGAAACAUGAUCUACUUGGUGUUUGACAAUUUUCAUCUUGUUAAGGAAUGGGAUAAGAAUUCUACUAUAUUGCCCCUGCUGUUUAAUCUCUAUGAUAUGCUAAAGAUGCAUGAGGUGGGUCUGAUUUUUAUCAGUAGUACUUCCGCAGACACAUUUUACUCCAACAUGGGAUAUGUAGAGCCUAUCCCCGUUUACUUUCCUGAUUACACAGAAGGUGAUAUUCGUCAAAUAUUAUUGAGAAACCAAGCGAACCAGAAGCUUUAUUCCUCAUUUCUCGAUGUAGUUCUGAAGUCUUUUUAUGGAAUUACAAAGCAAGUUGGUGAUUUGUCUGCCGCCUUAAAGCCACUAUAUGAAAAAUAUUGUGAACCUUUAAGUGAUAAGGGAAAAGGAGUUGCUCCUGAUCAACAGAUGAGGCGAAGGCUACUUGCUCAUAUCAACCCUCAUAUUGGCCCCUCUUUGAAUGAGAUAUUUAAGGUUUCAUCCCUUUCUUCUACUGAAGUGGAGACCCAGAAAGAGGAAAAGCGGAAGGGAAAUCCCAGGAGAUUGGAGAAAUCUGAAGAACUUGGCAGUCUUGAUUUUCAUAUGUCUACUAGUUCAAAGUAUCUUCUGAUUUCAGCAUUCCUUGCCUCCAGAAACCCAGCUACUCUUGAUGCUUCACUUUUUGAUUCCAAAGGUGGUUCUGAUAAUCGAAAGCGGAAGAGAAAGCCCUCUGAGAAAGCGAUGGAACGGAAGGAAACUUUGGAAGAGGAGCUACUAAUGAAAGGGCCUGGAACUUUUCCAUUGGAGAGGUUAUUAGCCAUCUUUCAGUGCCUUGUAUCAGUCGGAGAAGAUGAUGAAGAACCAAACAAUGAUGGAUUUGGAGUUGAGGGUGGCAGUGGUGGACUAAUGUCUGAUGUUCUUUUGCAGCUGUCUAGUCUCUGCAAUGCCAAUCUUAUAUUCAAAGGUAGAAGCUGUCCAAUUGAGGGCUCAACUCGUUAUCGAUCAACCAUUUCCGAAGAUCUGGCUUUGAAGCAGGUUGCAAGGAGCCUUAAGUUCCCAUUAUCAAAGUAUUUGUAUAGAAGUUAGUAAUAUUUGACAUCAACGUUUCACAAAGCUGGGAUAUCAACUUUUUCUGCCUAGUGCUUACAACCUCUACUGUCAUCAAUAUGAAACAGAUGGAAUCUCCUUAGAAUGCUUGAAGUGAAACCAAUAGUGUAGAGUGGUUGUUGAAUGUGUUGUGGGCGCGGGAAUUCUUUGUGACAUAUUUUUCUGGUUUUAUGUUUACUUGUAGAUCUGCAUUUACAUUUUUAUUUGAAGUUGUUUACAUCUUAACUUGUAAGAAACAUUGUAGAUGUACCUUAAUUUUUGAAACAAUCUUUAAUGUUGGGAUUAGUAUUGUAAGAUUUGGCAGGAAAAUUCUUGUGUUUGUUUCUAUGAAUUACAAUGAAAGAUGUACGUGUUUAUUGGGAAA